AUGCGCUCUCUCGGAACGUUUGCUCAAACUGCCGACAACACUGAUGAUGAGGGCUUGAAUCUAUCCAGGAACAUUCCGAACCGGUACGUCCAGGAGGAGUUACUCGGCGACAUCAACGCGGCAGGCUUCGCUGAUUUGUUCGAUUUUUUCUACUUACCGAUGGAUCACGAGACUCGGGCUAACUUUGGCUACUGCUUCAUCAACCUGGUUAGCCCUCAGCAGGCUUAUAACUUCUUUAAAGCCUUCGAUGGUAAGCCACUUCGACGCUUCACUUCUAACAAAAUCGUGGCCAUCGUCCCUGCAGCGAUACAGGGCUUCGAAGCGAAUCUGAAACACUAUUCUCGGAAGGCUGUGUGCACUGACGUAGAGAUUCAGUUCCGUCCUCUGUUCUGGCUUCACGGCGCUGCGGUAGAGUUUGUGCGCAAAAACAGUGGAGAAAGUCGAGUAGUGGCGAGCGGCGGCUGCGGGUCUACUCGGCAUGGCAACACGAACCACAUUGCUUUCGUCAUGGCUGGGGAAUCUAGCUCAGAAGAGACUCGAGCUGGAGAUGACAGUGAUUGGAAAGCCUCUUAUAAGAAAGAAAAAGGACCGCCGGCCUUCCGCCCGACGGGGGUGAUCUCGCCAACGUCAUCGUUGCCAAACGAUGAUCAUUCUCCCGUUGUUCAUCACCGCCAUCGCCGCACUAAGAGCGAUGGUUUUACCGAGGACCCUAGAGCGGAGCGAGCUCGUGUAGAUGAAGGCAGCUCUUGUGGUCACCAGACGGGUUCGGAAACGAUAUUGCCCUAUGUUGUGUCUGCGGAAGUCUCGAGCAUGCCUGAUGGCAUUCCAGCGUAUCUGGUCAGUGUGCCUAUUUCGAGCAUGUCAGCAUCAAAUUUGGAUGCCCCCAUGACACUGGAUAGCCCGGUGCCCAACCAUGCGAGUUUCCUCCCUGAAGCAUUAUACCAGGCCCGAGACGAUGAGUGCUGCUGCGGAGGCUGUGGAACUGCUGGCGUGGGGUUUGAGGCUCCACCGGAGGUGCCGGAUAUCACCACCGUAGUCAUGAGGAACGUACCUGUUCGCUACACACCGUCUACUCUGAUGCAGGAGAUAAUUGAGUAUGGCUUCGGAGGCGAAUUCGACUUCUUCUAUCUGCCAUUUGACCACAAGAGGAAUUGCAAUCAUGGCUAUUGUUUUAUCAAUCUCUCCGAUUUCUCCGUGAUGGAGAGGUUUGCGGCAGCUUUCGAUGGUUUCGAGGAGAAUCUCCGUCAUUACCUGGGCAACGAAGCCUUCAGGAAUCUGGAUGAGGAGUGA